AAAGCCAAAUUAUGCACUUAAACAAUUGAAAACAGAGCACUUGAAAGCAAACAGAGUUUCCAAAGCAUCAAAAUGGUUAAACCAGAGGAAUAUUCACCAAAAAAGAGAACAAACAAUUGAAUGAUAAACAAACAAACAAACAAACCUUCCAUCUUCAAUUUCAGAUCGAUCAAAUCAAUGGCGAUUUCAAAUCUCCUCACCUUCACAAACUCCCUCCUCCUCGCGGUCCUCGCGAUCCUCUGCUCCAAUGGCUUCCCGAACCUCUUCAAGCCCCAAUCGAACCGGACGAACAUCGUAAUCUACGUCCACGACUACUUCACCGGAGAAGACGCAUCGGCGAUCACAGUCGGCGGCAGAAAAGGAUCGGAAUCGAGCGUUCUGGAGUUCGGAACCCUAAUCGUGGUCGACGAUCCGGUGACGGAAGGGCCGAGGAUCGAGUCGAGAGAGAUCGGAAGGGCACAAGGUAUGUACAUUAACUCUCAAUCGGACGGGAAAGGACUGUAUAUGGUGUUCUCGGUGAUUUUCACCGGCGGCGAGUUCAGAGGGAGUAGUUUGGAGAUUCAGGGCUCGGAUUUGUUCACGUUGAAGGAAAGGGAAUUUGGAGUGGUUUCUGGAACCGGUUUUUUCCGGUUCGUUAAGGGGUUUGGGAUUAUGAAAACCGAGAAUAUGGAUUUGGUUCAUUUGAGAGCUGUUAUUAAGCUCAAUAUUACAGUAAAGCAUUAUUGACU